UCGUCACGCCAAAGACUUCCUGGACCAGUACUUCACCUCCAUCAGACGGCUGAACAGUCCUGCGUACGCCGCACGAUGGGAGCAGGUGCAGAAGGAAGUUCAGCUAAACGGCACCUACCAGCUGACAGAGACGGAGCUCGUGUUUGGCGCAAAAAUGGCCUGGCGCAACUCCGUCCGCUGUAUCGGCCGAAUACAGUGGUCAAAGCUGCAGGUAUUUGACUGUCGCUACGUGACAACUACGAGUGGGAUGUUCGAAGCUUUGUGUAACCACGUCAAGUACAGCACGAACAAGGGAAAUAUCAGGUCAGCGAUUACGGUGUUCCCUCAGCGGACGGACGGGCGACAUGACUUCAAGGUGUGGAACCCACAGCUGCUCAGCUACGCGGGCUACAAGAACCCGGACGGCAGCGUUACUGGGGACCCAGGAAACGUGGAGUUCACUGAGGUGUGCAUUAAACUUGGCUGGAAGAGCGCCAGAGGCAGGUGGGACAUUCUGCCCCUAGUUCUGUCAGCUAACGGUCAUGACCCCGACUACUUCGACAUUCCACCAGAACUGGUUCUGGAGGUGCCACUUUCACAUCCCACAUUUGGGUGGUUCGAGAAGCUGGACCUGCGGUGGUACGCGCUCCCUGCUGUGUCUAACAUGCUGUUCGACUGUGGGGGGCUUGAGUUCACGGCGGCUCCUUUCAACGGCUGGUACAUGAGUACCGAGAUCGGCUGCAGGGACCUUUGUGACACGCACCGCCUCAACAUGCUCGAGACAGUGGCGGUGAGGAUGGGUCUCGACACGCGGACUCCGGUCACGCUCUGGAAGGACAAAGCGCUGGUCGAGACGAAUCUGGCAGUUCUGCACAGUUUCCAGUCGCGGAAUGUCACAAUCGUGGAUCACCACACGGCCUCAGAGUCCUUCAUGAAGCAUUACGACAACGAGCUCCGCUUGAGGAACGGGUGCCCCGCAGAUUGGGUGUGGAUCGUGCCCCCUCUGUCCGGCUCCGCCACUCCCGUCUUCCACCAAGAGAUGGCUCUGUAUCAGCUUAAGCCCUCGUACGACUACCAGGACGCAGCGUGGAAGAGUCAUCAGUGGAAGAAAGGCAGAGAACUAGGGAAAUGUAAAAAGCCGAGAAGAAAAUUUCACUUCAAACAGAUCGCCAGGGCGGUGAAAUUUACGUCCAAACUGUUCGGACGAGCGUUAUCGAGGAGAAUCAAAGCCACGGUCCUUUACGCCACGGAGACAGGCAAAUCAGAGAUGUACGCGAAGAAGUUGGGAGAGAUUUUUGGACACGCCUUCAAUUCACAGGUGUACUGCAUGGCAGACUAUGACAUGAGCAGCAUCGAACACGAGGCCCUUCUGCUGGUCGUCACCUCCACGUUUGGAAACGGGGAUCCCCCAGAGAACGGCGAGGUGUUCGCCCAGAAUCUGUACGCCAUGAAGAUGAGCGACUCGGCUGGCGUUACCAACGGCGGAGACGACAAAUUCAGCAUGGCAACCUCCAAGUCCUUCAUCAAAGCCAAUAGCCAGACGGAACUUGCCGGUCAACAGGCAGACCGGAGGUUGGACCGCCUCGACUCGCUCAGGGGUUCCGUCAGUGACGUCAUGGCUGAAGACACGUUCGGACCCCUCAGUAAUGUCAGGUUCGCUGUGUUUGCGCUCGGAUCAAGUGCUUACCCUAACUUCUGCGCAUUUGGCAAGUAUGUGGACAAUCUUCUGGGUGAGUUAGGAGGUGAGCGACUGCUGAAACUCGCCCAGGGCGACGAGAUGUGCGGUCAGGAACAAGCCUUCCGCAAAUGGGCCCCAGUCGUCUUCAGUGUCGCCUGCGAGACAUUUUGCCUGGAUGAUGAUGAUACAUUCCUGGAGGCGACACUGGCCCUAAGAUCACCAAUGCUUUCAUCUGCUACCGUGCGAUUUGUGGAGGCCAAGGAGGAGAGUCUUGUCAAAGCUCUGUCAAAAUGCCACAACAAGAAGGUGAUACCGUGUCAGCUGCUGAGGAAGACGAAUCUCCAUGGCAGUGAUGCCAGCCGUGCUACAAUGCUGCUGGAGCUGUCGUCUGACUUGCCCUACACGCCAGGGGACCACGUGGGUGUGUUUGCUUGUAACCGCAAAGAGCUUGUGGAUGGAAUUCUGUCUAGACUACAGACAACUACAGACUUGGAUCAACCAGUAGAACUUCAGCUGCAGAAGGAAAACCACACUUCAAAUGGGAUCGUAAAAACAUGGGAACCCCACGAGCGCCUACCGCCUUGCACCUUGCGAACACUUUUCUCCCGGUUCUUGGACUUGACGACUCCGCCAACUCCCAAUCUGCUGCAACAUUUUGCAUCUGUUGCCACAGACCCUGAAGAUCAAAGCAGACUUACUCUGCUAGCUACAGAGUCAGCAGCGUAUGAAGAUUGGCGUCACUGGAGAAUUCCACAUCUUCUUGAAGUUCUGGAUGAGUUCCCAUCUGUCCGGCCUUCACCAGCCCUGCUUGCCGCGCAACUCACACCCCUGCAACCCCGUUUCUACAGCAUCUCCUCAUCUCCCAUUGUUCAUAGCGGAGAGAUACACAUCACAGUUGCAGUUGUCUCGUACAGGACACAGGAUGGAGAAGGGCCCGUGCAUUAUGGUGUGUGCUCUAACUACCUCCGAGACGCAAAUGAAGGAGAUGACAUCAAUUUGUUUGUCAGGAGUGCCCCGAGUUUUUAUCUGCCGUCUGACGUAAGUCGACCAGUGAUCAUGGUGGGACCAGGAACGGGCAUAGCACCAUUCAGGGGCUUCUGGCAGCAUCGCAUGGCUCAGCUUCAUGCCGAAGCAGGUGGACGAGCUUUUGGCAAAAUGUGGCUAUUUUUUGGCUGUCGACAGCGUGCCCUGGAUUUGUAUUGUGAGGAGAAAUCAGCAAUGGUGGAAGAUGGAAUUCUGGAUAAGGUGUUCCUUGCUCUAUCUCGAGAACCGACAAUCCCAAAGACAUACGUUCAAGAUCUAAUCCGUAAGGAGGCAGCUGCAGUAUACAAGAAAGUGGUGAUUGAAGGUGGUCACUUCUAUGUGUGUGGAGACUGCACGAUGGCUGAACACGUGUACCAGAUGCUGAAGCUAAUCAUUCAAGAGCAUGGUGGGAUGCUGGACUCCGAAGUGGAGAGCUACAUGCUCACGUUAAGGGAUGAAAAUCGCUACCAUGAAGAUAUCUUUGGCAUUACACUGCGUACUGCAGAAGUUCACAACCGUUCGAGAGAAUCGGCAAGGAUUCGAAUGGCCUCCCAGCCAUAGAUACUAACACAGGUCUUCCAGUCAAGCUGACACCAAUCACAAGACUUUGUAUAAGAACUCGACAUUCUAUCUAUAGGUGAUAUUCUCUGAGAAGACUGCUGUCAGAUUUUCAUAACCAGUGCCAACUUCAAUGAUAAGACUCUUGUUGUACAUU